GGCAAUAUUGACUGUUGACUUCCUGUUACAAGAACGUGAAGAAGGGAUCGCGAGACAAACUUACAACAAUACAAUAUGUUGGACUUUUUCUCUAUAUUUAGUAAAGGGGGCAUUGUCCUGUGGUGCUUCCAGGGGACGUCUCAAUUGUUCACACCCUCAGUGAAUGCCCUAAUCAAAUCUGUAAUUCUACAGGAACGUACAGGGAACAACUCAUUCUCUCACGAGUCGCUGACUCUGAAGUAUAAACUGGACAAUGAGUUUGAGUUGAUAUUUGUGGUUGCGUACCAAAACAUCCUGCAGCUGUCGUACGUGGACAAGCUGUUGACCGACAUCCAGCUGGAGUUCCGAGAGCGCUACAAGUUGGCCUUGCUUAACUUGAACCAGUCCGGGGUGAGCCUCAACUUCAGCGAGUUUACCGACUGCUUCCACCAGCUGCUGAGGGAGAAGGAGGAGGAGAGUAGGCAGGAACAGAAGGCAGGGAGAAAAAUGAGAACAUUUGAGGACUCUCAGAAGUCUAAGAAAACCGUGUCUUCCAUGAUUGAAAACAAGAAAGAGGAAAAGAAGCCACUGAAAGGGAAGGAGAACAAGGUUCCUAAAGGAGUCAGCAACGACUCUCCUAAGUCGGUAGCGUCAAAUCCAUCGUCCAAUUCGUCGCAGUCAUCGGCUUCCAACACCCCGGAGGUGCCGUCAGAGAAUGGUGUGCUGGAUGAGGAGACAAGGCAGAGGAACCUGCAGAAGCUCAUGAUGAGAGGCAAGAAGAAAACGCCAGCUGCCAGCAAAAGCCCGGAGGCUCCAAAGCGUAAGGGUAAGCAAGCGACCAAGUGGAAUGACAGUGUCUCCAACAAGGACAUUGCCGAGUUGGAUCGUAGCGAGACGAAGGAGGACGACGCAGCAGUUCCAACGAAGGCUGAGCAAGCUCUGGUUGGAAAGAUGUCAGGCCAACUUCAAGACAUCGAGCCUGAGGACGAUGACGAUGACGAUGAUGAUUUCGAGGAGGAAGAAGAGGAAGAGGAAGUUCAUCAGAAGACUAAAACAGCAGGGAAAUCUCGUGGCGGUGGAAUGUUCAGCAUGUUCCGGAACCUUGUGGGCUCCAAGACUCUGUCCAAGGAGGAUCUCCAGCCAGCCCUGGAAAAGAUGAAGGACCACCUCAUAGCGAAGAAUGUGGCGGCUGAUAUUGCUGUCAAGCUGUGCGAGUCCGUCUCAGCGAAACUUGAAGGCAAAGUUCUCGGCACCUUUGGAAGUAUCGCUUCGACUGUGAAGAACACCCUGCAGGAGUCGUGUGUGCAGAUUCUCUCCCCUCGCCGCCGGGUGGAUAUUCUCCGCGACGCCAUGGACGCCAAACAGCAGCGCCGCCCUUACGUCGUCACCUUCUGUGGGGUCAACGGAGUGGGGAAGUCUACCAACUUAGCCAAGGUGUGCUUCUGGCUGGUGGAGAAUGGCCUGAGCGUGCUCAUCGCCGCCUGCGACACUUUCCGCUCCGGCGCCGUGGAGCAGCUGCGCACUCACGUCCGCAAACUGAACGCCCUGCACCCCGAGAAGAGGAACAGCCGCGACAUGGUGCAGCUGUACGAGCGUGGCUACGGAAAGGACUCGGCCGGCAUCGCCAUGGAGGCCAUCUCAUCAGCUCGUGACUACCACAUUGAUGUGGUGCUGGUGGACACUGCUGGACGCAUGCAGGACAACGAGCCCCUGAUGAGAGCCCUCAGCAAACUGGUCAAAGUGAACCAACCGGACCUGGUGCUGUUUGUGGGCGAGGCCCUGGUGGGCAACGAGGCCGUUGACCAACUGUGCAAGUUCAACCAGGCUCUCGCCGACUACUCCCAGUCUACCGAGCCUCGUCUCAUUGACGGAAUCAUUCUCACAAAGUUCGACACCAUCGACGACAAGGUUGGAGCUGCCAUCUCCAUGACGUACACAACGGGUCAGCCCAUCGUGUUUGUGGGCACGGGCCAGACGUACAGUGACCUCCGCAAUCUGAACGCACGGGCUGUGGUCAGCGCUCUGCUCAAGGGCUAAGCCUGAUUCGCCUACCACCGUGGCUCGUUGCGAUGCGACGGAGAAGUCCUGGCCCAGAUUUCACCCCUCUUCUUCUGUUGUGUGUUCCGAAUAUAUGGAUAUAUAUCAUUACCUGUUUUGAUAUAUUGUUAUGGUCAAGAUGACUCUUUUUUUCCGUAUUUUAUUUUCUCUUUAUCUCUCAGACCUUUUCCCUUUGGAACCCACACAUUCCUUCGUGUGUUUUACUAUCUCUCUUCUGUCUAACCCCCCCCCCCAUCCUUUGACACAGUCUCUUUUCUCGUUUUAUGUCCUUAUAACGGCGUCUUCCCCCUCUUUGAACACAGGGCGUUGGUGAUCUUGCAGUUAGGCUCUUGGGCUCGCAACCAAAAGGUCAUGUGUUCGGAUCCUGUUAGGGGCUGGUUUUUGUGUUCUUUGGAAAGGCACUUUACACAAAUUUUCCUUACUUUACCCAGGUGGGAAUGGGUAUUCGCCUGUCAGUAUGUAAGUGCUUAAAUUCUUAAUCGGCUGCUUGCACAGUAGGCUCCCCGGGAAGCUGAGAAUGUUUCCGAGUGUCCUAGAGUCUGCUGGAGUAAUAAUAACUGAACAGGGUAUAGAGCAUGGAUGUGUGCUAUAUAAAUACAGUUAUUGUUAUUAUUUCCUACAGUAUCUCUCCCCCUCUCUCUCUGUCUGUCUGCCUGCCUGUCUUGUCAGUCUGUUUGUCUGUCCCUCCCUUUCCCUUUCUCUCGUUCUUUUGUUGAUGUAGAGUUAUAAUUAAGAGUUUUCAGUCAUAGUGAUAUUAUUUCAUGUAGCAGAGACUUUGGUUUCAAAACAAAACGUGGUCAAUGUCUUUGUUGUUUAAUUUAUACCCAUAGUCAGUUCUUCAGGGUUGAGAUUGUUUUCUGUUUGUAUUUGGAUGUGUUUCUUGGGCUUUACUGAGCUUUUGAGUUCACUGAAAACGUCCGUUAAGUCUCUUCAUUUUGGGUGCCUGUGUGAUGUCACAAAGUUUUUUUGUUUUUUUAAAUUGUAAUUCUUCUCGUUUGUUUGAUUUGAUGAUGUCUUUUGUCAAGAGAUGUGUUCUGAUAAUACCAGCUGUGCAAGGUACCAAGUUUUUAGAAAAAGAUGGCACAGAUAAUGCCUUUUAGUCGGUUGGUCUUUUCAGCUGGUUCAGUUGGGUUUUUUUCUUCUUUAGGGCAGUAAUUUUUGGGGAUUGUUUGGGUUUUUUCUUUCUUUUAUGCUGUCAGGGAUUGAGUUGCGUGUAUUGUUUUAUCUUACAGGAACUAUUUUUGUCUCUUUCUAUUACACCAGUUCAUUCAGUCUGUCACAUGUAUAUGCACGCUAUUUUGUAACUUUUCUAUUUUUUAAAGAACAAUAUAGUUAUGCUGCCUCAUGUUGAUGAGGAGACCACAAAGACAUCUCCCUCCCUUAAAAAAAAGACGGACGACACGGUAGAGCUGUGGAGUAUAAAUUAGGUAAUGUAGAUGAAGAGGCUUUUAAUAUUUUUACAUUUUUAAAAAUCUCUUGUUGGAUUGGGCAACAUUUUUUCCCCUUUAUAUUUGAUGGCUUCGGUCUGCCUGAAGUGAUGAAAUGUUUUUAAGUCUUUUGCACUGAGGUAAGAAAUGGUGGUUUGUUUUUAUGCGUUAAACUUUUUUUUUUCUCUCACUCGAUGUAAUGAUCGUGUAGAUUUUGCUCACUGGCACACGAAUGAUGUGGUUAUGAAAGUUGUUGAUGGUGCCAUAAUGCUAAGCCAGCAGGCACGCUCAUACUCACAGUUGGUUUUUUUUUUGCCUUUAUAAUAAUGGCAUUGAUUUGUUCACCCUGAUUCAACUUCACAAAUGGUUAUUUAACCCCCCCCCCCCAACAAACCAAUGUUAGUUCCAUGACUCCAUUAAUCCUCACAAAACUUGGAGAGGGAUAGGCUAUCUCGUAGGGGCCCUCCCCCUCUACCCCUUCAUUCCCUGGCAUUCCACCUGUUUUCCCUGAAGUCUUAUCUUCUUCCCACAAUAAUUUGUCCUGUGGGAGUCUACUUGUUUUCUUAUAGAUGAUAUUUAUGGCGAAUAAGUGCAUUCAGUCUGCGAUUGGAAUGAAAAAAAAAAAUGUCUGCGUGCAGUGUUAUGGUAGCGUGUAGAAGACUGCACAAGGUGUAUUGGAAGGAAUGUGACAGAAUAAGAUGUGUUUGAAGAAAUGUGACUGUAGUACCAGAUGUGUUUGAAAAAAGUGUGUUUUCCCUGCUUUGUAAUGGUAGUUUCCUGAUUGCACUGUGGUUUGAAUGUAGCGUGAGGUGUGUGACUUACUGCAAUGUUUGCUUAGAAAACUAAAAGAAAUAGAAUUUUAAACGAAUAAAAGUAAUGCAUUGAAGUUGAAGCAGUGGGAAAAAAACGAGGUCUGUUUCAAGUUUGGAUAGAACUUUUCUUUUUUUCUUUCAUCUUCAGUUUUUUUUGUGGCUUUGGUGGCCUAGUGGUUUGGCUACUUGACGGUGACCUGUUUUCCUGAGAUUGCAGGUUCAGGGGUUCGAGCCUCAGCUGGGUCCGAUGUCGAGUCCUUGAGGAAAGGCAUUUUACACGAAUUUCCCAUUUGGCUUGGUCCUUUCAGAGUCGGAUGUAAAGCUCAGAGGUCCCACCUCUUGAAUAACCUAAUAGUGUUCAUAGGGGGCGUUAAACCUAUACCAUUACCAUUUCUGUAGGUUUUAGCUUUCCUGGGCUGUUGGGUGACUUUGCCACUGACAUUGCAGGUGUGCCUCCUCUUCGGCUUCACGACACAUGCUUGCGUCUUCAGUCAGUAUUUUUGUGUCUCAUUGUCAACAACAUGACGCUUAUGGAACAGAGUUGGAUUCAUUCAGUCUAGAAGCGCUCAUAUUUCCUUAUGCAGAGUUGCGAGUGCUGUAAAAUUCUGUCUGGUUGAGACCCGGAGAAUUUAGAUGGACACCCGUACAAAUGUUACGAAUUUCCUCGUUUCCUUUUCUCACUAGCUCAUGUGUAUGGAUCUUCUUCCUUUUUUUGUUUUAUUGUGUCAGUUUAUGUACCCUUUUCUUGAUGUGACAUGAACUUUUCUUUACCGUUAUCUCUCGUUUAGCCACCCUUGUGGGGGCAAUCAGCGUAAAAGUCAAAAAUAUUUAUUAUUCUGAGUGGUGCAGGGAGGAUCAGUCCUGGAUUGAGAGAAGAAAAAAUUUCCUUUUGUUUGUUUCUUUACCUCCAGUACUAUUACUUGUACUUCAGUAUGUGAUAAUGUUAGCAUGUAAUGUACAUAGACACUUUUACUUUUUGAUGGAAGACCCAGUUUCAUCAACGUGACAGACUUGUAUGGACAAACGGUUUUACAGUUCUCAUCAUGAAGCAUUCUCAUAUACAAUAUUUCAUUGCCAGGCAUCAUUCUUUAUUCUCACAUAAAACUAUUCAUUCAUAUCGUUUGUCAUCUAUUUCAUGAUGUGCGAUGUUUCAUCUUUCUCCCAUGUUCUGUUGCGAAACCUUGCACUUGUUGCAAGACAUUGACGGUUUGGAAGCAAAAGUAAUUGGGCUAUAAGCUUGAAGGUACAUAUAAAUUACGAUGUAUGGAGAUGAAUUGCAAUUUCAUGUGAUACUUUUCUUUACUGGUUUCAUUUUUUUUUUUCCUUCUGUGCUGCGUAUUGGCGCAGCUGUACAGUGUUGUAUUUGUGUUGUGGAUUAUGGAACACACGCAGCAGAGAAAAAUGGUGAAUGGGAUUUUUGAAUUCACUCUACAGGUUAAAAAAAUAAUAAAAUUUUACUGAAAUAAACAA